AUGAUACCGAAACGCGAUGCUCACUUGUAUGGCAUAGUAUCCAAUGAUGGCGAGUUCCAUAAGUUGCCGAACUGUACGGAUGGGAUCAGAUGGGUGUUGGAUAUUUUCGGGGAUUGUGUCGACACGAAUAUAAAAUUAAUUGGCUUUAUCAUCGGCUUUAUAUCAUUGUUUCUCUGGCUUUUACCGAUAAUUCCACAGCUUUUACAUAAUUAUCGUACCAAGCGAUGCGAUGGUCUUUCCAUAUAUUUUAUACUUUUUUGGGUUGUUGGUGAUUCAUGCAAUACUGCUGGAGCAUUACUUACAGAUCAACAGCCUCUCCAAAAAGUUAUCGGUAUUUACUACAUUUUGCAGGAUAUGGUUAUUCUCAGUCAGUUUUUUUAUUAUAGUCACAUUUAUUCAUAUCGACUGCGAGUUUCGGCACGAAGUAAUCCAAUAACAAGUCCAACAGCAAUAGUACCUGGCAUUUUUAUUGGAUUAUUCAUGAGUGGAACAUUACUUUCAAAUGGGUAUAUAUCGAAUAAAUUUGAUUUUCAAGCUUACGAAAUGCCAUUUGGGAGAAGAAAGUUACUUUCUGCUGAACCACUUGGUGGACCACCAUUUUUUUACGGCUACUAUGAUUUGCUCGGCUAUAUAAUUGGUUCUGUAGCUGCAACGUGUUAUUUUGCCGGUCGAAUUCCACAAUUGCUAAAAAAUUAUUACCGUCAGUCUUGUGAAGGUCUAUCGUUGAUUAUGUUCUACAUAAUUAUAGCAGCAAAUGCUACAUAUGGAUUAUCUGUUUUAUUGGAAGCAACUAAUUGGCAUUAUAUUUUGCGUCAUUUACCGUGGUUGGCAGGGAGCUUAGGUUGUUGUAUAAUCGACAUUAUUGUGGUUAUGCAAUACUUCUAUUAUGUUCGGUUAAAUCAUCAGAAGGAUGUAAUGGAGCGUGAGGCAUUAUUGGACGAUGCAGAUUAA